AUGCCGGAAAAGACUGGCUCAAGGCAAGCUACGCUGGGGAAGUUUUUUGGAUCAGACUCUAGACAAAGCUCCAAAGAUGCCUCGAAGCGCCAAACUACUUUGUCUUUUUCGGACGGGAACAAAAGAAAAGACGCAACUGCAGGCGAAAAAUCCACUGUUGAGUCCGAAGAGAGCGAGCUUAAUGGGGACACUGAACUCAAGGAUGAAACGACACCGUCUACGAGAGGUGUGAAGCGAGAGCAGACUGUGAAAGAAGAGGAGAGCGACGAUUCCGACGUCCAGCCAGCCAACAAAAGACGAAAGAAGAGCCCCAAGAGCCCAGGACGCAAGAAAACGGCCAAGGAGGUAAUGACUGAGCGUCUCCCGUCACCCAAAGUGGUGAAAAAGGCCUCCGGUGAUGUGACUCCUGUGGAGGAAGAUGCGGAUGAGCCAGCGGAAGACCCAUCUGCUAGUGAAGAAGAAGAUGAUGCGAAGCCAGAAAUAAAAAAAAAGCAGAUUGAGAAAGUGCAGGCAACUCUGAAGAGCAGCGGUAAUGACCCAUACCCUGACUGGAAGCCAGGGGAACCUGUUCCGUAUGCUGCUCUCUGCACCACAUUUUCUCUUAUUGAGAUGACCACCAAGCGCCUUAUAAUUCUAGCCCACGCGUCCAUUUUCUUGCGCCAAGUCCUACGACUUACUCCGGAGGACCUAUUGCCGACCGUUCAAUUAAUGAUCAACAAAUUGGCAGCUGACUACGCUGGUAUUGAACUAGGCAUUGGAGAGUCUUUGAUUAUGAAGGCCAUUGGAGAAACCACUGGACGAAGCUUGUCUGUCAUCAAAUCGGACCAACAUGAAAUUGGCGAUUUAGGCCUAGUUGCCGCAAAGAGUAGAUUGAACCAGCCUACCAUGUUCAAACCAAAGCCAUUGACAGUCAGAGGAGUACACCAAGGUCUGCUCACAAUUGCCAAAGUUCAAGGCCAUGGCUCCCAGGACAAAAAGAUAUCUGGUAUUAAGAAGCUUCUGUCUGCAGCUGACUCUGCCACUGCUGGUAAAGGUACUAAGGGAAUUGACAUAAAGAAAGACAAGGGAGGGCCUAGUGAAGCAAAGUUUCUCAUCAGGUUCCUUGAAGGAAAACUGAGACUCGGACUGGCCGAGAAGACAGUCCUUGUGGCUCUCGCACAAGCCGCUGUUGCUCAUGAAGCAGCUCUCAAAGGCGGAAAAUCUCCAAGUCCUGAGCGUCUGGCGGAAGGAGAGUCCGUGCUAAAGCAGGUCUACAGUGAACUUCCCUCUUACGAAGUUAUCAUUCCAGCUAUGUUGAAAAACGGGAUCUUCAAUCUCUCGGAUGUUUGCAAGUUGCAGCCUGGAAUCCCGCUGAAACCCAUGUUAGCCAAACCUACAAAAUCUAUUACCGAAGUCUUGGACAGAUUCGAAGGCAAGGAGUUUACCUGUGAAUACAAAUAUGACGGCGAACGAGCUCAAAUCCACUAUGUCUCUCCAGACUCGAUUCAUCAAUAUCCUAAUGCAACGGCAACACUCCAGAAGGAUGCCAAGGGCCUCAGUUCUAUAUUCUCGCGAAACUCGGAAGACUUAUCGAAGAAAUAUCCUGAUAUUCUAGCAAAGUUAAAUACCUGGAUUAAGCCAGGUGUUACCAGCUUUGUUCUUGACUGCGAAACAGUUGCCUGGGACAUGGAAAACAAAAAAGUGCUCCCAUUUCAACAGCUGAUGACUCGUAAGCGAAAGGAUGUGAAGGCAGAGGAUGUUAAAGUCAAAGUCUGUGUUUUUGCAUUUGAUCUUUUGUUCUUAAAUGGCGAACCAACGGUGAAGAAAUCUCUCCGUGAGCGUCGCCAGCUUCUUCACGAGUCGUUCCAGCUUGUCGAGGGCGAGUUCGCCUUCGCCCAGCAUUCAAACACCAACGAACUGGAAGAGAUUCAGAGCUUGCUAGAAGAGAGUGUGAAGGCAUCAUGCGAGGGGUUGAUGGUCAAAAUGCUUGAUACUGAGGAAAGUGGUUACGAACCUAGCAAACGAAGCCGGAAUUGGCUUAAGGUCAAAAAAGAUUAUCUUUCCGGUCUUGGAGACUCGCUUGAUCUCGUAGUUCUGGGCGCUUACUUCGGUCGAGGGAAGCGAACGUCAGUCUACGGAGCUUUCCUACUAGCAGCGUACAACGCUAGCAACCAAACAUUUGAAACGAUCUGUAACAUCGGCACAGGCUUCUCCGAAGCUCUACUCGAAGAGCUCCACAAAGAACUUUCCCCUCUCGCUAUCGACCGCCCCAAGCCAUUCUACGAGCACUCCAAUGUCCCCAAGGACCAACCUGACGUCUGGUUCGAACCGCGCCUAGUCUGGGAAGUAAAAGCCGCGGAUCUAACCCUGAGUCCGCGCUACAAGGCCGCCGCAGCUGAAGUUGUUGGCACAAUCGGUAGUGGUGACGGAAAAGGUAUCUCGCUGCGUUUCCCACGCUACAUUAAACCGCGUGACGAUAAAAAGCCCGAGGAGGCGACUACUACUCGGGCUGUUGCGGAAAUGUAUCGUCGACAGGAAGCUGUCGCCAAAGAGAGUGCUGGAAAAGGCGGAGUCGAUGACGAUUUUGAGUAUUGA